UAGAGAGCAAAGGGGAGGGAAAGUAACAGAUGGACUUGUGAGGAUUAGAGAAAUCUGGGUGGUUUCUGAUGGAAACUCACCCAAGACAGAGGAGGGAGUGACGAGGGAGCGCAGAGGGAAGGUGAAGGAAACUGAAUCUCUGCUGGAGGAGAGGUGAAAGAAACAUAAAGAGUCCUCAAACACGGUGGUCGUCCAGUCAAAGACAGCUGAUGAGAGUCAGUUGGCAUUAAUCUCAUCCACCUAACCCUGCAAGAUUAACACAGAUUACCAGACCCAGAGGUAGGCCUGAGAUACCGGACUAAUCACUCCUUUGCGAGCUCAAUCCCACUCGCAGAGGUUGAGGAACAGGUUGAAGAACAGGAUGAGUCCUGAGAGCGCGACUGAUUAGUCGCAAAAUCCGCAGGAUAAGAUUUAGACGUUUAUCUUCAUCCAGGAGGAGAAAAGGUUAUAAAACAGAAAAGGAUCUGAGUCAUAAUGGCAGAGGAAAUGUGGUCUAGGGUUACAGCUUGAUGAGAAGAAAUGUGUGGAAUCAGACAUGUCGCCUGGCUUGUGCCGUAAUAUCAAGAAGAAAGGGGAGGUUUAAACUACUCUGCUGAUUUCUUUGAAACUGGACCAGGAGGAGAGCUGGAGUUCCUCCUGCAACCUCUGGCCCACACAUCUGUCUCUUUCUUACUCGCUCAAAGUGAUUAAAUCCCAGCACUUCAUCUUCCUCCAUUCCCUUGUCCUCUGACCUCCGCUCAUCGACUGCUCUCCUUCCUCAAGCUCCCACCCUCCCUUCAUCUUUCCACCUGACCUCUGACCUUUGUUCCACUUCUCAAACAUCCCUAAUCCCCUCCACCCACUUCUUCUCUCUUUUCUCUUUCAACCGUCCGCAAUGAAUCAAUCACCACAACAACAACCCGCGACACUUUAUCUGGACUUGUUACUGCAGUGUCACGGAAACCCCCUCGCUCCUCUCAUCCUCAUCCUGAUUGGUCAACAGAGCCUGUCAUGCUCUUGCAGCCAGUAUUGAGAUCAACAUUCAACGUGAAGCUGAAGCACACUCUGUGGUCAUCAUAACUCAUUUCUCCCUGAGUUUCUUCAAGUCCAGAAGCAACAAUGCUGGAGAACAUGUCCAGGCGUAACCGCUCCCUGCUGUCACUUUCCCUCACUUCACUGGCCCUCACCUUGUCCGUCUCGGCUUUCUGCACCUCCUAUUGGUGCGAGGGGACACACAAGGUGGUGAAGCCUCUCUGCCUCUCACCUGUCAAGAUGAAGAACUGCGGGCAGAACAACAGCCAGCCGUAUACGACAGAGACCCCCACCCCGGACCCGAGGCACCCUCCCUCCAAUGUGACGCUGUCUCCGCUGCAGAGGGAGGAGCUGGCCAGGAUAAAGAGGAAGCAGUUGGCCAAUGCAGUCCACUACAUCUGGGAAACAGGCGAGGACAAGUACAUGCUGCGCUAUUUCCACACCGGCUUCUGGCUCUCCUGUGAGAAGCACAAUGAAGGUGAGGAUCAGGAAGAGAAGUGUCGCAGCUUUAUUGAGCUGACACCAGGAGAGACACAAGGCGUCCUCUGGCUCUCAGUCAUCAGUGAGUUCACGUACAUUGGUCUUCUGGCCAUGGGCUUCCUGCUUAUGUGUGUGGAAGUGAUGUGCCUCUGUGCCAAGAGGGAGAUGAACGCCCUCAAGAUCAAUGCCUUCGCCGCCAUGUGCACUGUCCUCUCAGGUAUGAUGGGGAUGGUAGCACACAUGAUGUACACCACAGUGUUUCAGAUGACUGUGAGCAUCGGGCCCAAAGACUGGAGGCCACAGACAUGGGACUACGGAUGGUCUUUUGCCAUGGCGUGGCUGUCGUUCAGCUGCUGCAUGGCUGCUGCUGUGGCCACACUCAACUCCUACACCAAGACCAUCAUCGAGAUGAAGCACCGCGCCCGGGUGAGGCUGGAGGAGGCUCGCGCUGCUGCCCGUGCCCCCUCCUAUGAGGAAGUUGUUCGAGCGGGCAGUGGAGGGGUUUACUCCGUCAGUCAGCUAAUUCAGCUUGGCCAGCAGGGGGCACUCAUGGACCCGCUGUGGCCUAGAGGAGUGGGACCAGCUGUUGGUCCUCUGGCGUGUGGCGCUGGGGGAGCGCUGCUUGUUGGCGGAGGAGGGAUUGGAGUUGGAGGGAUGGGAGCUGUUGGGAUUGGAAUGGGAGGAGUUGGAGCAGUAGGAGGGGUCGGAGGAAUGGGGGUAGGAGCAGUUGGAGGAAAUGGGGUUGGAAUGGGAAUCGGAGCAGCAGGAGUCGGGGGAAUGGGUUUUGGAACAAUGGGAGCAUUCGGGGGAGUGGGAGGAUGUGGGAUGGACCCUCAUGGUAUGGUGGUGGUGGAGGGAUGUGGUGCUGAAGGAUGUGAAGACUGUGAACGGGAAAUGGACGAGAUAGAUUAUGCUCUGCAGGAGGACAGAGAGGACUCACUCUGCUAAGACUUUUGGGGACAGAGGACUGUGACAAACAUCUUGUCAGGAUUUGAUCUACACAUUGUAUUUGAUUGAAACUACAUUCCAAGACUACAACACUUGAACACAUACCUUCAAAAAUUAUUAUUAUUAACGUGAUUAUUAUUAUUAUUAUCAUUAUUAUUAUUAUUAUUUGUAUAUAUGCAGCUUUGAAUGAUAAUUGUAGCAUUUCUUUAUUAUUUUAAGUUAUACAAAGAUUGUUUCAAGCAAUGUCAUUUGAUUUCUGGACCACAGGAGGCAGAAAGACUUCAUAACAAGCCAACAGCUCCAAAGCUCCAAUGUUUAUUUUUAACAUUUUUACUGGUAACAAGUUAGCAAAGAAUCGCCCACUUACACAUCAAGCAGACCCAGAGCAACACGAUCAUCCCACUGCAAUAAUUGCAAACCUCUGCUUUCACGAGGGAGGUUGGUAAAAGCAUUGAGACUACCAAGUCUCAGUGAAGCAGAGGAACCAAACCAAUUGACUAAUUCUAAGUCCCGCCCCUCUUGCUGUUGCUGAGUCGGACUAGCUUGAUAAAAAGAAGCAUGGUCCCGUUGAGCCAGGUGCUGCAGUGUUUACUAGAUAGUUUCUCGGUGUCGGGCACUAUAGCUUCAAAAAGCCAGCAGCAAAGACUACAGAGUGUGAUGGAAGGAUAUAUUCACAAUGUUAACUUUUAUAAACAAGGCAAAGCAAAACAAAUUUAGGCUUCUGGCCUCAACGAAAACAAGAGAAGUAGAAAUCGAGGAUGACAAGACUAUCAGUCAACAUUGCUCCUGCACUCCUGGGUAUGUUUUCCAAUGAUGGCAAAGGCAUGAGCUGCCCCCCUCUCCCUCUGAUUGGCUAGGACUUGUUACCUUUGUUGGUUUGAUUGGUUGGGUUUGGGCAAGAAGAUGUGUGAUUAGGGCCAGAAUGUCAGGAUAAGCCAAUCAGAGGCAGAAAUUUUGCUUCCCUGUCUUAGGAUCAGGAAAGUACUCUUUGUAUUCAUUUCUAAAUACAGACCAUGUUGCUAACCUAAUGUUCGUCUAUCUGUGUUGUAGAACGUUGCGUUCGUUAGGCGACUUUGGGGUGGCACAUAGCCUUAUAGAUUAUGUAAACAAAGGAACGUUAGCUUUGAUCCUUUCUUGCUGGUGAUAAUUCAUGCCAUCUUAACAAUAUGUCAGCAACCAAACUCACUGUCCUUUUCUAAAUCUCUUUAACAUUACCAUAAAAAUGAGGAGGCAAACCUGGUGGAUAUCUCUAAUCUGACAUGAGGCUAACUCGUCUUGAUGUUCCUAUAUGUUAACCAGGAAGUUAGCUAGCAUUUUGCAGACAUUAGCUAUGAUGUAAUGUGUCUGUGAAGCUUGUGACAGUCCGCCCGCCACAUAUUUUAACCGUCCUCAAAAUUUGACGAACUUUAGCUGAAACAUAGACGAACCUAGCAUAUAGCCUGUCUAGCUAAGUAUAACAGGAAAGGGGAAAGUUGACUGAUGCUCUGUGGUGCUACAAGCUUCCUCCAUUUUUUUUUUUUGAGCAUCAGUAUUACCAAAAACAAAAAAAUAAACUUAAGUUUUCUUUACUUGUGUAAAUGCAGCCUUACAGUGACUACUUCAGGGAUUGCAUUAUGGCUCAUAAGAUGUGUGAGAGGAUGUGAGACUGUAACUCAAAGGGUGUUGAGAGAUGAUGAUGAUGAUGAUGAUGAUGAUGAUGAUACAACCGUGACAAUGACUGUGGUCUCUGACGUUAUUUAGGCUACAUUUUUUGUUGUACGUUUUGAUUUAUGUUUGCAUGAAUGGAUGAAAAUCCUUUCAGGUAAGAUAAAA